ACGCAACCUAAGCAUGCACAUCACUGAACAGAGAACACAGAAACAAGCUUGCGAGUGUAAACAGAAAACUUCUGUAAAUAGGCGUGCAAGUUGAGUGAAUACGAAAUUCCAGGUUAGUGCUUCUAGGAGAGUGAUUACAACAAACGUUUUUUCGUGUGAACCGCGAUUCGGUUAAUUUGUAUCAAUUUUUCAGUGAUUUGUAAUUAAUAAUAAAACAAUCUUAAUUAUUCUUGCAUGCCAUAUUUCCGUUUAUGAUGUUAACUGAGAGUGCUUUGAUUAAUUUUAAUCAUUCUUUAUCUGGGUCUGGCAACAUGAAUAAACUGUGUCGGCAAGUAUCAAUUGAGUCACCGGGACCCAUUAUUAAGGACUGCGUCUUCAGCUUUGAAGUACCAGUUCCAGAUGUUCCAUCCAAAGGAGCCCGCAUUCGGGUAGUCUGCGCAGGUGCCUGCUAUCGCAUGCGCACACGAAGCACUUCAACUUCUAGCAUGUCUUCCAUAGAAGAAGCUGGUUACUCCCCAGCGCAUCAUGGUGUUAGAGAUGGAGCUCUUUUUCCUGGCUAUGAAGUGGCUGGAGUUAUUGACGCAUUGGGCGCCGAUGCCGCUGCUAGUGAAUUCAAGAUUGGGAGUCGAGUAGUGCUCUAUCCCUAUGAUGGAAUUCCCCAUGGUUAUGCGGAAUACAUUGUGGUUCCUUCUUUAGAUUUCUUGGUGCAUGUUCCAGACAGCCUUCCUCUUGGGGUCGCUGCCAUGUUACCAACUGGUGCUCUAUUAGCUAAAAACGCUGUUCUAAGCGCACACAAAUAUGUUUUGAAAUUAUUUGAAGAAAAAGCUGCUGAUCAUGUGGUGCGCAUUCUGAUUGUCGGCACUGGAGGUCUUGCUCUAUGGGCUCUAAGAAUUGCUCAACAUCAUUUUAAAGCUCCGGAAUAUAUUGACCGCGUAAAGAUAACAGUUGCAACAUUGAAGGACGAAGGCCUUAUGAGGACUGCUGCUGAACUCAAACGAGUAAACAUCGUCCAAUGGAAUGAAGAUUUAUAUGAAAAGCAAUUAAUUGAAAGGACUAAAAAUGCUUGCAACGGAUUAGUUGACAUUGUCAUUGACUUCGGUACCACAUCUAGAUCUUUGCAUAGAUCUCUACAAUGCUUAAAUGCUGGUGGAGUUGUUUUGGUUAGUGAAGAAGUGGCUGACCGUCUUUUACCAAAGUUUUCGCGAUUGAUUCAUCAAACAAAUCAGAAGAUUGAAGCAGUGGCAAAUGGAUCUAUCGAACAACUGAAGGAAUUGGUGAAAUAUGUUGCGGAAGGAGCUAUUAUUCCUCCUCCUCACACAGAAUUCUCGGCUGAUGAAGCCUCUAAGGUGGUUGAAAAGCUGUGUCACUCCCAAAUACCUGGUAGAGCAAUUCUGCGUUUCCACGACAUUCAGUAAAUUAUGUUCAGUAGAAUAAAUCGAAUUUUUCGUGGAAUAUGUAUCAUAUUCCGCUUCACCUUUAUCUAUUUAUGAUCUUUUUUACCAAAUAUAUCUUUUGUGAUUGUAAUAUUUCCACGUAGAUUAAGUAAUUAUUUGGUUAAUACCCUGGGACAAGGCACCUUAUCAAAAGCCUGUUCGCCAUUCAUCUGAAAUUAUAUUGAAUGUUUUUUUCUCCACCAGGCUAGUACUUUAAAAUUGUGUUAUUUGGUAAGACGCUUAUUUGUACCUUUGGCAUUGUGAUAGGCUUUGUUUUAGUAGUCUAAUAUUUUUGUAAACCCGUUUCUAGCUUUUGCCUACCUAAUUUGAAGAUAUGUAAGCAACUACCUUAAAAAUGAAUGAAUCGGCGAGUGUGAUUAGUUGGGUAAACAGCUAGGUGUGGAGUAGAAAGUUGUACCUAAUACUAACAGUAUAAUUCCUCAUCUAUAAGUAAUAAAAUGCUUUAUGAAAAAUUGUUUAAGGAUGUAUCGUAAGUAGUAGAAGAUUGUUAUAUUUUUUAUUAAUUCCUUUUAGUUUAAGUCUGUUCUAAUAAGUUUCUAUUUUUUGUAUGUACAUAUAAAAUAUACAAUAAAUAAUAAAUCUAUGUUGAAA